AUGGGGAACUCCCAAACCAAAGAAUCACGGACCGCGGCGCCACGUCGCCGAAGCCAACAAUGGUCAUCGGAUACCCCGGGUCGUGCGUUGUAUCAAGGCUCUCGAUCUGGUAGGAGCAGUCGGCCAGACCUAUCUCUUCUUGGAAUUGGUAGUAGUCAUCAUGAUCGCGAUAUGGCCACCCUCGAGCACCGGCGCGAAACCAAACAGGAGCGGGAGGCACGCCGUUUGGAAAAGGAAAGGGCAGCUCGACUCAAGGAGCGAGAGCGCAGUAUGAAAGAGGAACAUGUUGAUGGAGGAUAUCUAGUGACACAGGGUGUGUACGUUGGGACAGAGGACUUCAAUAAGCCGGUGGUUCGGCAAUUGAUGAUUGAACGUCGACUAGCCCCGUUUUGGAGAGGGCUGAAUGACUUCUCUGACUCCUGGGCAGAGCACCAGCUUAUGGCCGCGGCCCGGGGUAUGGACAUCCCCCCACCGGACGAGAUUCCACCUGAGCUAGAAUACACUCUCCCGAAAGCCACUCCGAAGGCGCCGGUGGAUGCAAGCAAUAUUCAACACCUCACCGUUCCCAUUAAUUCCCGCUCGCAGUCCUACAACUCAGAUGCGUCACAAAGCUCGAACCCCGGUCAAUCAUUACCCUCGGCAAUAUCUCCGAUCGCAUCUGGUACCUCAACUUCGCCACUCUUUCGCGCCCGCGCAAAGACCAUGGCAGCCUUGUCAACGUCCUCAAAGUAUGGCUCACAGACUGAUCUAACCCCGCGGGAGCUGCAACUACCCAAGGACCCGUUUGUCAAUGGCCAACCGAUUGAGGUCUAUUUAUACAAAGAAGCAAGCGAAUGUCCCAUCUGCUUCCUGUACUAUCCUCCAUACCUGAACCGUACUCGGUGCUGCGACCAGCCCAUCUGCUCUGAAUGCUUCGUCCAAAUUAAACGCCCGGAGCCACACCCACCAGAGCACGGCGAGCCCGAAGCGAAUUCCCCUUCGACAGAGGGACCCCGGGCCGAAGAAGCAGAGUCACAGCUUGUAUCCGAGCCGUCUGCAUGCCCUUUUUGUGUUCAGCCAGAGUUCGGAGUUACUUAUGCUAUGCCUCCCUUCCGCCGAGGUCUGACUUAUGUCGCCGAUCCCAGCGGCCGUCCUUCUCCUCACAUCGCUUCCCCAGUGUCCUCGACCUCGUCUCUAGUAUCCGCAAACCUUGCUCCCAUUCCAGGUCGUCGCCGGGCGACCUCCCUAUCAACCACUGAUCCUUCUGUGGUCACUACCGAUAAGGUUCGACCGGACUGGGCCCAGAAGCUGGCCAACGCCAGAGCUCACGCGGCACGUCGGUCCGCUGCUGCGACCGCUCUACACACUGCGGCUUACUUGAUUAAUCCCAGCUCCAAUGAUUCUCGCAGCCUUCGAAGGGGUUUGCGGAGGGCCACACAUGGAGAUGCCGGCCGGACCGGCUCUCCUGCACUCAAUGCCCUUGCCUUUCUGUCCGAGCGGCCUGAUCGAUCAACACGUGCACCCGACACUGACUCCGCCGAGGAAGGCUCAGGAAACAUUGCCCCGCCACGGGAAAGCUCAAGGCGAACUCGAGUUGACGAUCUCGAGGAAAUGAUGAUGAUGGAAGCCAUUCGCUUAAGCUUGGCCACCGAAGAGGAACGUCUGCGGAGGGAAGAGAAGGAUGCCCGGAAGGACGCCAAGAAGAGAGAGAAGGAGGCGAAGAAGGCUGACAAGGCCGGCCGUAAGUCUGGUCUGCACGGUGAUAAUGCCAGCAGUACCGCUUUGGAUGUACCUGGCGAAGGGUCGCUCGCCCAGGCUAGCAGCACGUCUUCCUCUAUUAGCGAAGAAGCCUCAACCAACAAGGGCAAGGCGGUUGAUCGCGCCGCUUCAAAUCCAUCUUCUUUCAACAAUGCUAGCCAGACAGAGCAAUUCCCGGUGUUGAAUGAACACCCCGCAACGGCCGAGCCAUCACGCCCAUCGCAUCUCCGGAAUAUGUCGAGUGCCUCCUCGUCAUUCUCCUCCAUUAUGGAACAAACCCCGGACGAACGUCCAGCUGGUCAUGUUUCCCCAGAUGGCAGCAAUACCUCUCUUGAGCCCAUGUUCAACUUCCGCAGCCUAGCAGCUGUUAUUGGAGACGAAGAUAAGAGCCGUGAAUCUGAGCAUUUUGAGAAUGCCGCUAAGCCUGAUGCUGAGGGCUCGUCAAGUGCUACUCCCUCGGUCCACCAGCCCACGGCCGAUCCUGCCAAGCCAGAGUUCAACCCGGUAGUGAGCACUCAGGUAGAUCCAGAAAGUGGUAGUGCUCUGCCCAAGGAGGUUGAGACGCGCUCGGUGGAAAUUCCAGCUCCUACCGCAAACCCCGAGGCGACUUCAUAG